AUGUCUGCGGUCGAACAAGAUGCCCUGCUGCUCCUGCGGCAGUCGAUCGCCGCAGAGCAAGCCAUGGUGCCUGUCGCAUCGCCAGAUUCGACUGAGGAAACGGCGCUUUCAACCGCGACUCACCUCCGCCUUGUCCACCCGCAGCCUGCCGUCCUGCCCCUUGAGACGCCGACCCGGUUCACGGUCAACGACUUCAAGGUGCCCGUCGAUCUGCGCUCCAUCUACUUCGCCUGGGUGAACCGCGACCUGCUCAUCCCCGCGUACAAUGCCGCCGCGACGCAGCUCAACGAGCAGCUGGCGGCCUCCGGGUCUGGCGCGACCGUCCACAAGCUCACGUUUGUCGAGCGCGUCAACUUGAUCACGUGGAUCGAGGGCGGCGGCGAGAGCGAGUACAUCAAGCCGCUGCCUGGUGAGAAGGAGAUAGGGUCCGCCGCGGCCGAGGCGCUCAAGAGCUCGUCGGCGCCAGCUGCCGCCGCGGCGCGGUCAGGGAAGGGCACCCUCGACCCGAGGCUACAGGUGAUUUAUGCUGGCGAGCGGAAGAUGGGGGAUCGCAACGCUGCCCUCAGGGGCACAAAACUAGUGGACUUCUCAGGGGUGCGCAAGAACGCCCUAGUCUUCAUAAACAAGAAGCCCGGGCAGUCAAUAGGUGCCCCCGCCCAUAGCCCACAACUCUCUCUUAACCAGAAACUCAUCCGCGGCGGCCUCCACCCCAUCAUCCUGAUCUCGCCAUCGGCCUCCUCCCUGCUCCGACUCUCGAAUGCCCGCUCCUUCCUCGAGGGGUACAGAUACGAGCCCGCCAAAACAGGCAGCGACUCGAGCAUGAUCCACAUCACUCAUCUGAUGCGCGAUAUCGAUCCUAAUAGACCGAUGCGCUUCAUCCUCGUCGAGAACGUCGAGCAGUUCAAGCCCGAGUACUGGAACCGCCUGGUGGCUGUCUUCACGACGGGCCAGACCUGGCAGUUCAAGAACUACAGGUGGUCACGACCCGAGGACCUGUUCUCGCACGUGCUGGGGGUCUAUGUCGGGUGGCGCGGCGAGCAGGUACCGGAUAACGUCCGCAACUGGGGGCAUCGCGUGCAGGCCUUUGAGGUGGACAAGUGGAGGGAGCCAGGCAUGCCGGGGGCUGAUUCCAGUCGGUUCAGGGAUCGGGAGGUGGUCGACAUGCUCUGGAAGAAGAUCGAGUCAAACAUGAGGGCGAAAGGGUGGAGGAAGGACGUAGUGCCGGAGUCCAUCUGAGUCUUUUUUGGGGGUAGAGGGGCGGGGGUUGUGAUGUGACGGGUAUGAGGCUCUCAUGAGACUCGGCCGGAAUGUGGUUGGUUUUUCCUCUUUCUUUCUUCGGUCCACCAAAGCCCAGAUUGAGUAUCCAGGCCACAGACUCGGCGGUUUAGGGCAGGCAGGCAGAGAGGCACGGCGUUUUUAUUGCAAAAAGAGGAUAUAAAAAAAGGGAAGUGCUAUCUCAAAUCACACGCUCAGGAGUUUUGCAACCAGAAAUGAUACCAUCUACUUG